UCCCCUUUGCACGCCCUGUUAUAGAUAAGUUACAGACCACAAGGGAGACUGGGGGUAAGGGCAGGGGAAAAGAAAAAGGUAUUAAAUGGUCUCUCCCUUCACUGAGAAACCGAGCGAAAUUUCUUCUCAGUAGGAGAAGCUGCGAUGGAGCCCUUAGGUACUGCAAGGAUUCGACCUAGGCAACACCUGUUUAGCCAAAAGCAAAAGUCUUCGGAUAAAUAAUGAUGUAAAUGUGAGUGAGAUUAGUCAAAGGCUCUGAGAUAAUAGAGAUGGGAUUUAAACAACCACCAAAUUACUUACAUUUCCAGAUUCAGUAUGAAGAAAGUACGGAACUGAUACCAUCAGCAUAAAACCUGCACCUAAGACGUUGCUGUGUAGAUGCUGUACUAACCGGUUGUCACCUCAUGUGUCUUGUUAAACUCGAGCUGUGAAACCCCACAGCAAUUAUUAGUGUUACUCUGGGACUCGUCCACAUAAUUUGCCGUAACACAUUCUCACAUUGGAUAAUAUUAGAUGUCCCACCCGUGGUGUAUAAAUAACUGAUGCAAAGUACGUAGGAGAAGAGAGAGUACUUGAAACCAAGGCUUUGAAGGAAAGCGAAUGUUGAAGAUACUCUGUGGCAUGACGGCUGGACAAAGUGUGCCUUUCCUCUGCCUCGUGUCGUCAGCUUAUUUCAUUUAUUCAGCUGUAUAUUUGGGUGCUUCAAAAAUAAAAGCACUAUAUUCAGGGAAAAUCAGGUCCUGAGAUGAAGUCUGAGUGCCUGUGAAACAGGGAUGUAGAAGGCUAAGCAUGUGCUGGCUUAGAAGAAUAAACUUGGGUGCACUGGGUGAUGUUGGCUCUCAGCUAUUGAACAAAAGUGAGACGCUGUCCAGGAGCAGCCCUGGCUUUACAGAUCUCCCCUGCAAAGGUCUGAUCCCCCUAGCUCUGCCUACGAAGAAGGUGCUUACUGCCAGGCUGGGCGCUGCCUGUUUGAUGUCUUGAAGCUGUAGCUCUGUUUAGCUACUGGCAUUCUGUAAAUACAGUAAUAAACCAAUUGGUCCUAGGGAAGGACUUUCAGCUAAUCAGCAUGACCCGUGGUGUCUAAAAAAAUCUCCUGCUCCCUUAUGUUCAGGGAGCCUGUUUGUAAAUAGGGCAGGUCCCCUGCAUAAGGACAGUGUUUUUAUUCACACCCAAUGAACAAACACCUCCACCCACUGUUGUUGUUUUAAAAGACUCCAGCUGCUCAUGAAUAUAGGGUCAGGGAGGGCCGCCUAAAUGUUUCUCUCUGCUUUCUCCCCAGCACAGCCAGCAGAGCUGUUUCCUGUUCUUUGUUUCAAGGCUGAGGUUUGCGUCACACAUUCCAAGUGGCAUAUGUGGUGCUCUUUCCUGUUUCAGGCUGUUUUCUGGCAGAUCGGUAGCCUCGUCCAGGCCCCUUGUCACUGCCCCUCAACUCCCAAUCCCCACCCAAUGAGUUAUCAUGUCUCUACACACUCACGAUUGCUUAAGAUGCCUGUGUUAUGUCAUAACAAGGUUUCCAAGUUAACCUUUAACAAACGCCCUCAACUCCAAUAUAUUUAUUGGGGGUGAACUCGAAAGCUUCGCUCUCUUCGCUGAAAACUUGUACUCGAGUCUCCAGAAAGUUGUGAGCCAGUUUUCUGCUCUCACUUGCUCAUCGGCCGAUCUGGAAUAGCUCCAUUAAAGUCACGGAGUUACUCUGGUGUAAAACGAGUGUCACUGAGAAGAGAACCCACAUCUGUAGGCUCAUACUUGUAAGAGGGUUUUGGCUUCUGCCCUUACCCAACCUGAAUGGCCCACCGUAAGCACUUUGUGUUUCCGGAUCUUGAAAGGAAUAGGUAUUUUCUCCUCACACAAACGAGAAGAUUCACGUCUUCCAGAUGCAAUACAGAAAAUAAGGCACUGUGGGCUAACUUUCCUUCGGAAUAAAUAAGUAUGGCUGUCCCACGUUUUGCAUUUUCGAGGGCAGAAACAUUUUUUUACUCCCGUUUUUAGAUUUGUCUUCUCCCCCCACCCUGUUGCAGGCAGUCAUAGAUAAACAUCGAGAGGAAAUUCAGAAAGAGAACAUAAAUCUUUCUGUUGUUUUGGAUCGGAUGACGGAAGAAGAGCUAAAGGACCCAAGCCAAAGCUCAUUGAAAUGAAGAGAAAGACUUGCAUUAACUUCAGUGGGCUUUGAAUCAGGCCCUGGAUGAAAAUGCAAGAUGGAGUGUUUAUUCUUCUCUGUCACUGAAGGGCCGGAAUAUGCAUGGUUGCUGUACAGACGGGAAGACUUCCACCCUUUCAUUUUACCCCUUUUUUAUUUCACUCAUUUUUAAAGUAUUCUUUUAGUUCCUGCUGUUGCUUUUUUGUAUGGUAAAAGUAAGCUGUUUGUGAUCAUGGCAGGUAUCUUUUAAGAAGUAUCCGAACUACAUGCUUUAAACUUCCUCUUUCAGGGCUUAACUGUAUGUAAAAAAUACUUUUUACUGAAUUAUGUGCACAUCCUUACAUCAACUUGUUUCUUGUCUGUUCAGAAAUCCAGAUAACAAGAAGUAUUUGGCCACACAGUUUUGGCCAGGACAUCAGAGGCAUCAGAACAGGUGAAUAAAAAAGAUGCUAAUGUUUGACCCAGUCCCUAUCAAGCAAGAAGCCAUGGAGCCUGUUUCAGUGUCAUACCCGUCCAAUUACAUGGACCAAAUGAAGCCAAACAAAUAUAGCGUCAUUUAUUCUACACCGAGUAUGUUGCACAAUAAAUUCUACUCAAACCCCGAAGGACUAUCAAAUGGAAUCCAGAUGGAGCCAGUAGACCUUACGGUGAACAAACGGAGCUCACCACCUUCAACUGGAAGUUCUCCUUCCCCCUUAAAAUUUCAGACUGUGCAUAGGAGAACUUCACCUGGAUUGACUCUGUCCUCACCCAGCUCACCUCUCAGUAAAUUCACACCAUCACCCCCAGGAGUACAGCCUAUCUCCAUGCCAAUAACAAUCCCACCUGUAAUGGCUGCUGCUCUUUCACGCCACGGACUGAGAAGCCCUGGAAUACUCCCGGUUAUACAGCCUGUUGUGGUCCAGCCAGUUCCUUUUAUGUAUGCUCCCCAUCUUCAGCAGCCCAUCAUGGUGUCCACAGUCCUUGCGGAUGAGAUGGAAACUCCAAGUAGCAUGCAAGUGCCUGUCAUUGAGUCUUAUGAGAAGCCUACACUGAAGAAAACAAUCAAAGUAGAGCCAGGAAGUGAACCAUCGAAGACUGACUUCUACCCUGAACAAAUGUCACCUCCAGUGAUGACCUCAUUGUCUCCCCAGCAAGUAAUGUUGCAAGAGAAUCACCCUUCAGUUAUAGUUCAGCCAGGAAAGAGACCUUUACCUGUGGAGUCUCCGGACACGCAAAGAAAACGCAGAAUACAUCGAUGUGAUUAUGAAGGCUGCAACAAAGUCUACACUAAAAGCUCCCAUCUGAAAGCUCACAGAAGAACCCAUACAGGUGAAAAACCGUACAAAUGCACUUGGGAGGGAUGCACGUGGAAGUUUGCUCGUUCUGAUGAACUAACGCGGCAUUUCCGCAAGCAUACAGGAAUCAAACCUUUUCAGUGCCCAGACUGUGACCGUAGCUUUUCCCGUUCGGACCAUCUUGCUCUUCACAGAAAACGCCACAUGCUAGUCUGAAUGUCUUCUGUCCCUGACUUCUGUCACACCUUUUUUUUUUUUUUUUUCCACACGUGCAUUUUAAUUUGGAUUCAGCUGGUCUGAAUCUCUGAGUUUAUACCAUUAAAAGCUUACAUACGGUCAGUAACAGAUGUUAUCUAACCCUUCUAUGUCCUUGCCACGGGUCAGACCUAAAGAAUGUGAACACUUUUUUUUUUUUUUCUCCUGGGGAUGCUAAGCAAACCCUUUCUACAGAGAGUAUGUUUAAUGUAUUCCAUUGUGAAUAAGGGAAUUUGUAAACUAACAGCUUUUGUUGGUUUCUUCAUAUAAUCAACCCAGCAUAUACUGAUAAAAUAGUAAAUGUUACUGAAUAUCCAAAAUGCUAGUCCUUGCCAGAGACUUUUAUUUAUGUGCCCUGCAAGGGAUACACUCUCAUUUUAUGCUCAACAAUGCAAUGCAUGGACUCUCCCAACUCUGUUGAUUUCUGCAAUGUGGUUAAUACAAUAGUUUUACAAAGGCACCUGAUUCAGAAAUCCCCUCUGCCCGAACAGUGAACAACACUGUAGAAAUAAAUCUUAAGCAAUAUAAUUUACUUUACAGAUAGGUUGAGUCAUAGUAGGAUUUACCCCAGUCAAGAAGAAAAAUUGGCAGGAAUUGGUCUAUAUGUAGUAUUGUGCAUCUAAACCAAUGUCACCUGUCCUCUGUAUUAUAGUGUAGUAUAUAUCCUUGUUUUUAUUGCAUAAUGCCCUGGUGGAUCUGUUAAAUGAAGACCUUGUGUGACACCCUGUGUCUGGUUUCUGUGCAAGUGUAUGGAUGGAACGCACACGGUACUCUCCUAUGACAUGGCAUUAAAUGAUCCUCAUAGAAACCUACCACACCUCAUUUCAGGGAUAUAGAGUAUCCCUCCACAAUCACUCCCCUACAUUUCCUCUACUUUUAAGUAUUUUUUCUCUUUGCUGUACCUCAGAAAAUAGCAAUCGUUAUGUUAGAAAUGCUCCAACCUGUAUUGUUGCGAGUGCCACCUUAACACACUACAGUAUUUAAAAUUAUUAAUCCAUAAUAUUUUUAUGAGAAGAUGGCAUCAGAUACGAAGCACUUCUGAUGAUAAAUUGAGUCAUGUAUCUCUUUUGGAUAAAAACAUAUACCAAAUUAUCCCUUUGUUAACUCUGAUUUGUGACUCUGGUAGUCUCUCAGCGCUAGGUAGACUAAGCUUUCCUGUGGAUGUGUCUUACCGCAUUAAACGUCAGCAGCAGCAAGUCUUAACUCCCAAGUUCAGUUAGCAAACACGACUCAAUAGAUAAAAUAAACUGAAUUCAGCAACCUGCAGUUGACCCUGGAACUGUUCCUGUCUCUGGGAGCCCGCUGAAAGGAAGGUUUCUGUCUUUAUGAGCUGGCAGAUGUCAUGGCACUGCAAGGAAACCGGAUGAGUUUCUCUAGGCUCUCGCACACCAGGUGUGUUUUUGCUGUUUCCCCUACGUAAGGUAAACGCUAUUCCCUGCAAAUUGAACAUACUGAAGUCAGAUUUUCAUUUCUCUUGGAAAAACCCACCGGAAAAUGGCGGAGGGGGGAGGAGGGGAGUUUCCUAAAACUCUCCAGGAGGAGGCAGGUGGAGUGCCCAUCUGCAGGUGGGUACGCGUGAGCUUGUGGAGCAGGUGGGUUGUGCUUCUACAUCCCGUGGAGCCCAACGGCAAACAGAAACGCUCUCGCAGACACAAGAAUUCGAGUGCAAAGCGCCUUCCCUUGGAGAUAGUGUUGACCAGCUGUUCUGCUGACAUCCCAUACCCAUAGAAUCAGAGAAGGAGAGGAUCUGUACUUCUUGGAAGAAAGUGCUCCUACAGCAAUUGCUGUGAAAUGCAAAGUAUUGUUCCAGCUGUGUAACACAUCUGGGAAUAUGCAACCGGCAAUUUCAUGUAAGCAAUGGGGCCCUGAACGUGUGCUCUAUGAAGGGGAGAAGGGGGACUUACAAAGCGGGGCUGGGGGCAUGGCUGCAAAGCUUUUGCAGGGAGGAUGAGUGUGCUCUGCUGCAGCAUCAUGCAGCCUCAGCACUUCACGAGGACCGAGGGAAGUUAGGCCAGGGCGGUCUUUAGCUGACUCUCACCUGUGCAUCUAUGGGAGCUGAAAAACCUGGGAGGGGAAUCGGUCGCGUUGUGGUCGGCCAGGUUGUUACUAACAUUGAGGAACUUGCAGGGAAGAGAAUGAUAUUAAUGAGCAGCGAUUCUAGAGUGUGGAUUUUUGUUGGGGUUCUUCAUUUUCGGCGGUAUCAUGUGGCGCCAGAACUGGCCUCCUUCCUUAGGCUCUAGGUUUUAACGGCAGUUCCAUAAACGCAGGCACGUCACUGACCAUGCGGCUGCUGGAGCCCUGUAGCAUCAGGCACAAGUCUACAGAUAGUGUCCUGGGAUGAAAACAGUUCUCCACUAUAUUCUGGGGGUAAAAAGCAGAUGAGAUCCUAUAAAAAUAAGCAGCUUAAUGGCAGCUGAUCCCAUUUUAGCUUAGCAAAUGCAAAUGCAUAAAAUUGGGGUGUUUAAGGAACAUUUCUGUUUCAUGGCCUUCACAAAAUGUUUUACCAUCUUCUCUUUUUUUUUAACUACCAAUUUAAAUCCAAUACCCUAAAAGCAGAACAACUUUGUAACUAAGAGUUACUUUGUAGAAUUUAACCUAAGUUAUUUACCAUGUUCAUUCAUUAGCCAAUGUACCUGUUCCCUGAAAAUAUUGAUCGUGGGGACAAAUACAGCGAAGAUGCAACAGAACUUUUAAGUAUCUUUAUCCAUGUGCCUUGUGAUUUAGGACAACAGAAAUUUGAAUAUGAAAUAUAAAUAUUUGAGAUUAUUUCAUGCAAAUGCCUUGUUUAUAGGGUUUUUCACUUGUGUCUGUGGUGUCUUUUUUGUGGAAUGUCAAAAAAGUCACAAACAAAUACGCUUGCAUCUUUCAGCUGAAAAUGCGAAUUUACAUCUUUUAACUGGCUCGUUGACUCAUUUUAGCAACCUUUGAUUUGAAAGCUAUCUUGUAGCUUUUAAAUAUACAAAACUAAAUGCUUCUAAAAAGCCAGUCCUUCCAUCUUUGCCCUGAAGAGAAGGCAGUUUAGACAUAAAGAUACCAAACCCUAAUCCCACAGAACGUGCAUAUUUAAAAAAA